AUAGAUUAUACAUUUGAUAAAACGAACAUUGUUUAGUGCAAUCAUCUUCAUCAUCAUCUGAAAGCUUGAUAAAACAAUCAUAUGUCUGUUUGUCUUUUUUCUAACGUUCAUGAAAUAGAAAAUUAACUGAAUUCGAGAAAUAGCCCAAGUACCAUACUGAAGUGGGAGACCGCUGCAGAGUUUUGUUGAUGUACUUCUAAGUAAGUUUAUAUAUUCAAAAUUUUGCUUACCACCAUAUGAUCUCAGAUUUGAAAGAGAUAUCAGAAAUUUCUCGGUAUUUUGUGGGACAUUAACUACACUGCAACAAAAAACUAUGUCAGAAAUGACCAGUGACAAGGAUUUGUUGGUGAGUUGGCAGCCUGUAAAGGAUUUUGGAUAGAUGUUCCUUAGGCUACAAUUCCACAAAUACGAGUCUUUAGUAGGAGGAGGAUGCUCCAUUCAAAAUGACGAAGACGUUGUCGAAGACACGAUGUAGAUACAAGAAAAAUACCAGAGAGGUCAGGAAAUGUCUUCCACAAGAUUGUUUUGAGCAAACAACGGAGGUUAACGGGACACGGACAAAAUCAUACGGCUGUGUAAAGAGAAAGGAUUGUAUUGCUUCAGCCAGUAUUGUCGGAAGAAGAAGUUCUCAAUCAAACACAACUACAUACUGCAAGAAAGAACUGUGCAACAAAGACACCCACCACUUCGUCGCGCCACCCACUGAACCGUGUGUAGAUAUAUCUGCGAGAGAUUGCAGAGACCCUGCAGCAUUGGAGGCCAUCUGCAGUGAUUGUGAAUUAGCUCAGUAUUGUCGAAAAUCAUGUGGACUUUGCCAAGAACACACAGGGACCACUACUUGGUCGGAAAACCUCGUUCUGUUUGACUUUAAUCCAGCUCAUGAUCAUUGCAACUUUAGUCAAGCAAUAGGGCCUUCCAUUUGUCACAGCAUCAAGGCACGCGGACAAGUGACACGAAACGCAGAUUACCUCAAUCUACCAACUCACGAUAGUUUCUACCAGGUCAACUUUACAACAAAUGGCGAACCUCUUACUAACGUACAGCUGUUAUCAUGUCGAACAACUGGGCAAGGUCGUGUGGACAUUAUACUUAACAAUGUAACUAUUGUUGAGGCUUACAAUGAAACCAGUAUAUGGGCUUGGGAUUGGAUUCUUCAUGAAUUGAACCCGGCACAACAUAAGGGUACUCAUAACUACACGCUGACUAUCGUGAAAGACAGGAAAAUCAAGAAUUAUGGCUACUACUGGCUUAGAAACAUCAGACUUGAAACUACGGUAGUCCAUCAUGGGCAUAGGAAAUGAGAAAAACGAUCAAUCAAAAUAAAUUAGA